GUUCCUGUGUGUUUCCCAGUCUCAAUGUGAAGCUGUCCCAUGAUGCAACAUGUGUCCCCAGCACCUGCAGUGACAAUGAUGGCCACCCAGAGUGUUCCUCCACCAUCGUACCAGGAGAGCCAACAGAUGACGGGGACGACUCAACAGAACGCCAAGACCCCACAGGUCCACAUCCCAGCAGCCUCUGCAGCAGGAAAUACCUCUGUCAGUGUGACCCUUGACCCCCAGGCCCAGCUUGAGUCUGACAAGAGAGCCGUUUACAGUCAUUUUCUAAGACAUCCGUUGUUCCCGCUGCUGGCAUUGUUGUUUGAGAAAUGUGAGCAGGCCACGCAGGGAUCUGAAUGCAUCACAUCAGCCAGCUUUGAUGUGGACAUUGAAAACUUUGUGCACCAGCAGGAGCGAGAACACAAGCCGUUCUUCAGUGAAGAUCCGGAGCUGGACAACUUGAUGGUGAAGGCCAUUCAGGUGCUGCGGAUUCACCUGUUGGAGUUAGAGAAGGUCAAUGAGCUCUGCAAGGAUUUCUGCAACCGUUACAUCACUUGCCUCAAGACCAAGAUGCACAGUGACAACCUCCUCCGCAAUGACCUCGGUGGACCCUAUUCUCCAUCACACACCAGUCUCAGCAUGCAGCAGGAACUAAUUCAGACCUCCUCUCCAUCCAUGACCUCUGUCUCCAGCUCUGUUAACCCUUCAGGGAUUGUGGUGCCUGCCGGGGGUCUGCAACAGGGCAAUGUCGCCAUGACCACCAUCAACUCUCAAGUGGUAUCGGGUGGGACCCUGUACCAGCCAGUUGCCAUGGUGACAUCGCAAGGGCAAGUGUUAACGCAGGCGCUGCCGCCGGGAACCAUCCAGAUCCAGAACUCGCAGGUAAAUGUGGACCUGUCAUCCCUGUUGGACAAUGAAGACAAGAAGUCCAAGAAUAAGAGGGGGGUCCUGCCCAAACACGCCACCAACAUCAUGCGCUCCUGGCUCUUCCAGCAUCUCAUGCACCCAUAUCCGACAGAAGACGAGAAAAGGCAGAUUGCAGCACAAACAAGUCUAACCCUUUUGCAAGUGAACAACUGGUUCAUCAACGCUCGUAGGCGUAUCCUGCAGCCCAUGUUAGACGCCAGUAAUCCAGACCCAGCUCCUAAAGCGAAGAAGAUGAAGUCCCAACACCGUCCAACACAGCGCUUCUGGCCUGACUCCAUCGUGGCAGGAGUUCUGCAGACUCACAGAUCCCAGACAGGAAACAACUCAGACAACCCGCUGAGCAUGGACAGCCUCCAGUCGCUGUCCUCAGACUCGGCCACCCUGGCCAUGCAGCAAGCCAUGCUGGGAGCCGACGACUCCAUGGACGGCACGGAGGAGGAGGACGAAGAGGAGGAGGAGGAGGAGGAAGAGGAGGAAGGGAUGGAGGAGGAAGAGGAGGAAGAGGACGGCGAGGAAGAGCACGACAGGGGGAGGCAGAUGUCGAGCAGGGUAGGGGGAAGGAGAGAUCUGAGCAUGGAGCACAGAGAGGAGCUGGAGUAGUCCAUUAGGAGGAAGGAGCUACGUGAACUUUGACUCCGGUUGUCAAGUGAACACAUCCUCAUCCAGACUCACCUAGCAUGGCUCUAAUGUCGAGUGACUCUUGAGAGCAUUUAAGGGCGUAUCAAGUCUUCAUCAGAAACUCUUGUGCGGAGCCUAAUCAGACACAACGACCAUCACAAUCAUGAUUAUAGAGGAAGAAUAUUAGUUUAACGAUGAAUUUGUGUUGUUGCAUUUUGCUAUAGUAUGUUCCCCGGCAGUGAGCUCUCUUGAAAUAUUUGGAUAGUAGCACAUUUUUUUGUACUCUAUAGGUCUGUUAUUUUUGGAAAGAAAUGGCACAGGAACUAAAAAGGUGGAGAAAAAAAAAAUUACUGUCAGUUCAAAACUGAGGAUAUUUUUAGCAUUAGCAAGUGACAGGUAAAGAUGCUGGGUGCUGUCAGAGAGACGGGAUGUUCUGGAAAAUGAGAAAUAGUUUCACAUGCAUCAAAAAAAAGAAAAGAAAAGAAAGAAAACUCUUUGCACAGUGAGAAAUUUUGACUGUAUGUGUAAACAAAUACUGAAUGUAAUCGUUCGGCACCGGAACUUUGUUACGAAAAGGGCUGCAGCUUCUUUUUUUAACAGUUUGUUUCAUGCGACUCAUUUUUAACUGACAGUCCACACUUUCACUUUGCAGCUAAUGUGCCAUUUCACAUCCUAAAAAUGAGCAAGGAUUAACAUAAAGGAUGGGAUGGGAUGGGAUGGGAUGGGGGGGGAAGGGGGUUGUGUAAUGCUGUCCACAUAUCUGCAGAAGUGACUGUAUAUGUUGGCUUCUACUGCUGGGACAUCAUUCACGCCUUUUAAAUGACUCAUAGGUUCUCAGGUCGAACAGCGCUCUCAUUUGCCGUGUUUCCUCUUCACGAGAGACACACACAUGACUCACUGCUGCAGCAAAUCUUUUCGAGCAUGACUUUUUUGAAACAAUCUUAGUUUAUUUUUUUCUUCUCCCAUGAGCAAAAAAAAAAAAAAACUGUAGUAAACCAGUGUAUACUGACUGCACAUAUAGUAUGUAUAUUGGAUUUUUUCAUAUGUUUGUAUUCUGGUGUUGAAGGUUUGCAUAUUUAUUCAGUUUAUUUUGUGUGUGUGUGUGUGUGUGGCCGCAGAUUAGCUCAAGGAACAACACGACAGUUUCUGAAUAAGGCUGAUGAAAUAGCCGGCGGCCGUGCGCAUACGUACUUGACUCCAACCAUCGACUCGUAGAAAAACUGCUUGUGUAUUUUUCUGACCUUGGGUGAUUUUUGUCACAGCGUAAGAGCACCGGCGAGCCCCGCCGGUCACCACAGACUUCAACACCGACGGAAAUCACGCAGAGAUGGCCGGUGACUUUGGAGCCAAUGUCAUGUACUGACAAACAGUUUUUUUUUAAAAAGGAAGAAGACACUUUUGAGGAAAAAUAAGAAAGAGAUACGAGACUUAGUACCGACGUCUCUUUCCGUUUUACGUGAAGGCUUUUUGCAGAAACUGUGAAUGAAUUUCAGCUCUCUGUUUUGUACUAAAACACACAAACGGACUCACUCGUUUCUAAUGUGAAGAUGUCUAGGAAAAAAAAGAGAAAAAAAACCCAUGUUAAAUUGAAUGUUCUGAUUGUUCAUUGUGAAGUAUGUUGCUCAUUAAUAUUCUUUUUUCUCAAUUGCUUUUUUUUUUUUUUUUUUUUUGUAAUGGAUCUUCCAAAGCAAGUGACAGACUAGGGGAAUAUUUCUAUUUCAUUUGUACACUUUGUUGUCAUAAUCUAUUGUGUUUCAAUAGACCAAUUUUAAUAAUUAAAACAUGUAAAGGUACCGUUUGUGGCUCAUGGAAGUUCUGCAUUUGUUUAGGCCGGGCUGUGAAUUCUCACACAGUUUGAUUCAUGGGAAUAUUUAGACAGUUACAGGAGUACUGUAUCACAAAAGGAGCUAAACUAAUGCAUGUGGCACUUCCAGACCCUCUCAGGCUGAUUCUUUUGUCGUUAGUAGUCUAAAUAUCGGUUUAACUUCCCUUGUUUUCCUGUCACACGAGUAGCCUUCCACCUGCUGGUCGUUGCUCAAAGCCCGUGAUUGAACUUGCUGAAAGACACCCACCCAAACACUCGCCCACCUUUUUUAGCUCAAAGAACCCAGCAGAGCUUUUCGACCACAGGUUUCUGAAAUGUGGCAUCUGCUUUCUUGGAUAAUCACUGUAUUGUUUUUUUUUUUGUUGUUUGUUUUUUACACGGUUUGUAUGUGUGUAAUUCCAUUCCUGCGCUGUUUUCUGCCUCCCCCCCCCUCCUAUAAAAGGGCAAACUGUAAUUGCAGCACUUAAGUAUCUGUUAUUGUUCGCCUUCAACAUUACUCCUCCUUCAUUUUCUGAUGCGAGGAAUGCGAGCUGCAGUGGGCCUACUCGGUGUAGGCAACAUGUGGCGAGGUGAUUAGGAAAUUGAUUAACAUUAAGAAGCAACGGUCCAAAGUUCUCAUGUGUGGGAGAAGAAAUCAGCCAUAUUUACUAAAGUGGUCUAAUAAAAAAA